GCUGUGUUGGGUACUUCCGGUUGUUGUCUGGCUCGUUGUGUGGUGACUGCGUGGAGGUUCUCGGGGCGUCGGCGCCGCCAUGGCCGGCAUCAAAGCUCUGAUCAGUUUGUCCUUUGGGGGAGCGAUUGGGCUCAUGUUUUUGAUGCUUGGAUGUGCCCUUCCAUUAUACAACCAAUACUGGCCUCUGUUUGUUCUGUUUUUUUAUAUCCUUUCUCCUAUUCCGUACUGCAUUGCCAGAAGAUUAGUGGAUGACACAGAUGCCAUGAGCAAUGCUUGUAAGGAACUCGCCAUAUUUCUCACCACUGGCAUUGUGGUCUCUGCUUUUGGACUUCCCAUAGUAUUUGCCAGGGCACAUCUGAUCGAGUGGGGGGCUUGUGCCCUGGUGCUCACAGGCAACACGGUCAUCUUCGCAACAAUCCUCGGGUUUUUCUUGGUCUUUGGCAGCAGCGAUGACUUCAGCUGGCAGCAGUGGUAAGAAGGAGCUCGGCCGCCGGACUCUCCCAGCCGGACCUCUUGUCUUUCGGUGGCCGGACGGGAAGAGGAGACGGUCGAGCAGGCCUCGGGUGGCUGGUCUUCUGGACACAGACUCUUCUCUCUGCUGCAGGGUGGAAGAACAUUUCCGCAGUGACUUGCUUAAGAGUUCACAGACUUUCGUUUUCUCAAAGCUGGGGUGGACUCCUUGCUUCUCUGCUGGGUUGGGAUGUCCCCGUUCGGCGGUAGCUCCAUAGGCCAUGCCCCUGCCUCUUUUUUAACAGAAUAAGCACCACUUGAGUACGCCAAGGUAAGACCUGUUCUCCAACAGGCCAUGGUCCUGGGGUUAAGGUCCAGCCCAACCUCCAGAAAUCAUCUCCAGUUCCCACCGCAGCUCCCCCAUUACACAAACGAUGCGCUCGUUCAGACGGGACGACCGGCUGCGUCGGUGGUGACACGUGGGGAAGAAAGCACGGCGGGUGCCGGAGAAUGCUCAGCCUGCCGUGCCUCAGCGGGACCGACAGGUCUUGGCGGCCGGGGCCGGGUCAGGGUUUACCCUCGGCAGGCGUCUGAGUCGUGAAGAAUUAUUUUUGGAGUUACUCAGAAGGAGCAUUUGUUGCUUCUUUAAUUAUUUUGCUGUUGAACUUCUAUGCGGGGGUUGGAGAUGCGAGAAAAGAGCUCUUUUAUGCCUGGUUUUUGUUUGUAUUUCUUGUGGUUAUACAUAGAUUGAGCUACCUUGUGGGGAGCAGUUGGUGUUGCAGUUCCAUGUUUGAAGGCUGUUUCUAUUUCCGUGUGAGAUUUUGGAUCUCGUCAGCUGCCUUUCAUGUUUGACUCUAGGCAGAACGGACGUUUACGGCACUACUGAUGAGGAGAAAGCCCGCCCCCUCCCCCCCAGCCCCUCUUCACGUUCAUUUUAUACACAGUAUAUCCUAACUACUGUAGGUGAUGAUACUAACCAAGCAGGAUCGCUGUCCUGUACCCUGAGAGCAUUACACUUUUUCUCUUUGCCAGUCUUGAAAUAUUUCCGAAGUGAUUUGUCCAAUCUUGCAGCUCUCACAUGAAUAAUCUUCAUGUUUAGUCGAUGACAACUGUAGUUAGUGCUCUGUAAUGUUAGGUCACAUGUAAAUUAGUAUUUAAGGUGAGUUUCCUGCAUACCACGUUCUGUCAGACCUGCCCUUUCCGGGGGCAUUCAUAUGGAUGUGCGCUCUGUCCCUGUGAUGUCACCGGCUGCCUCUGCUGCCGCUUUAGAUGCAGACUGACCCACACAGUGCUCAGCUGCACAUCUCACUCUUCACUGAGCGUGAUCAAACUGUGUGUGUGUGUGUGUGUGUGUGAGAGAGAGAGUUCUGCCUUGUGAUGCACUAGGCACAUAAAUAACAACUGUUCACAGGUCACCCCACUAUUCUGUUAGGCCUCUUUUGGUUUCUUUUGUUUGCUCAGUGUACAUCUGAUGUAUUUACAUAAAAAUGGGUUCAUUCUUAGACAACGGUGAAUGAGCAUGAUAGCUACUGUUUGUUGUUUUUUAUCAGGUUUACUCCUGAAGGAAAUGGGAACAGAUGUUCGACAUGUUCAGUUAAUUCCUUUAGAUGUGUGAAAUCACUCUGCAUUGUUUUUCUAGCUAGGAAAUGAGCAACAAGAUGGUAGACUGUGCAAGUUUCCAUGUGGCCCCCUGCCCUCUCCCCCUUCAGUGGGGCUGAAAAAGACCUGCAAUGUUCACACGUUUGUGACCGUAUUAGUCCGAGUGUGCUGAGUAAAUAUGCAAUAGACAGCUGUGGAUGUGAUCGAGACCUUGCCGUGCCUGCGACCCCCAGCCCGUCUGCUAGGCCCUGGCCCCUCCUGGGGAGCUCACUGCUCUCUCCUGUUUAUUUCCUUGGCCAUACAGUCUUUCUUCUACCUGCUGCAUACACUUGUCAUAUACUAAUUGCGGUGGUGGGGCAGCACCGUGCCUCAGAGCUUGCCCAGGAGGCUUGACGUAGUGCUGCUGCUGCCCCUGGUCUCUAGGCUAAGAUACUUAACAUGUGGCUUUUCCAUAGAACAUGCAUUGAUAGAGCAUUGCUGUCCAAGAGAGGGAAAAGUUUUGAUGACAAAACAAUAAAGAUUUUAAGUUCUUGUUUU